AUGGCCGCCACCGUCGCGAAGCCCGGCUUCCUGCCGAGUGUGGUACAGGAACACAGCCUGCUACCCGUCACGAACCCCGAUGCCGGUGCCGUUUCGCAACCGGAUGCGGAUGCUGCCCCCAAAGUACCACCCCAACACCAACAAUUGAAGUUUAGCGACUUCGCUCUCGUGCGAACGUUAGGAACAGGUACCUUUGCUAGAGUGUGCCUGGUCCGUCCUGCGGCCGGCGCCGAGGAGGAACGCGAGAAGGUGUUCGCCCUCAAGAUCCUCCGAAAGGCCGAGGUUAUCAAGCUGAAGCAAAUUGACCACGUGCGGGACGAGCGUCGCAUCCUGAGCGACGUCGCCGGCCACCCUUUCAUCACCGAGCUCUUCACCACCUUUUCCGACCGCGACUCCCUGUACAUGCUGCUGGACUACAUCCCUGGCGGUGAGCUGUUUAGCUACCUACGAAGGCACAGACGCUUCCCGGAAGAGUGGGCCCAGUUCUACGCUGCCGAGAUCGUCUUGGUGCUCGAGUAUCUUCACGAUCAACAAGGCGGCGUCGCGUAUCGCGACUUGAAACCGGAGAACCUGCUUCUCGACGCCCAGGGACACGUGAAACUGGUCGAUUUCGGCUUCGCGAAGAGACUCGGCAGCAAGGAUAGCAGACCUGUCGAGACGUACACUCUGUGCGGCACCCCGGAGUAUUUAGCACCGGAGGUGAUCCAGAACAAGGGCCACACCAUUGCCGUCGACUGGUGGGCGCUGGGCAUCCUGAUAUACGAGUUCCUGACCGGGUACCCGCCUUUCUGGCACCAAAACCCGAUAGAAAUCUACAAACAGAUCAUCGAGAAGCCAGUGCUCUUCCCAGCCGAGCCGUCCAUCUCCCCCAACGCGCAACACAUCAUACGGUCGUUCUGCACGGUGGAUCGCUCCCGGCGACUGGGGAACAUUAGCGGCGGCACCCAGCAGGUCAAGAGCCACCCGUUCUUCAAGGGCGUCGACUGGGAGGCGCUCUACCACCGACAGAUCCGACCGCCGAUCCAGCCCAACAUCCGAUUCCCCGGCGACGCGCAGUGCUUCGAUAUCUACCCGGAAGACGACGGCAAGCGGGACCCAUACACGGACGACAUGGCACGACAAUACGACCGGUAUUUUGAGGGUUUCUGA